GAGCACUAUAUCGAUGCUUUGAUUUCGGAAGACCGGCUCGACUUUUGCAUCCAAUAUGCUGCUGGCGAUCAGGCGAAUGAGGGUCUGCUGCCGCAGCAUUGCGCAGUCUGCGGCCACACGUCGAGGCGGCAAGCAAUGCGCCGCGCCGCAACCACCAUGAGUUUGCCCUUCACGCUGAAACGCUCCUUCAGAGCAUCCACUCGCACUACGAACGCGCACUCGAGGACUACAUGAAGCAGAAGACGCCCGACCCGAUGACCAACCCAGACAGCCGCUGGGUGGAGGUUCGCCACGCCUUAGGCCGCCUCCUUUCCUACUUUAUCGCCAUCAAGGUGUUCAUCGCGGCCCGCAGACUAUGGCCGCGUCUUUUCGUCGAUUUUGAGGUGACCUGGAUCCCGUCCAGCGAACCGCUGGACGACCCUCCCAACAUCCGGCGCAACGCAGAGGGCAUCAUCAAGCGCAUGACGUGCGACAAGUCCCUCUUGGAGGCCUACCAUGGCUACGCUGCCCACCUACAAUCGCACAAGCUCGACGAACGCAUUCGCAAGCACGUCCAAUCGGGCAAAUUUACCCCGAUUGUGCACGCCGAGGUCAACCUGCUCGAGUCAGUCCUGGCUUCGCGAGCGGACGCCGAGCGCAGCGGUGAAGGCCCCCUCCGCUUCUUCCACGAGGCCGAGUUCGGCGCCUACAUCGGCACCAGCAAGCCCACCUGCCUGCUGUGCCGCCUCUACUUUGAUGCCCACCCGGCCGGCGUGCUCUGCCGCGAGUCCCACGGGAACCUUUACCAUAACUGGCGGGCCCCGGACGUGCGCAAGGCCGACGGGAGCGAGCCCGAGCGCCUGCGCCGUGAGAUCCUCGAGGCCAUGGUUAAGAAGGUUCGUAAGGAGACCGAGCAUGCCAUCUGUCAGAGGUCCUCUUUCCGCAAAAACCACGACUCGAGGAACACGCCCACAAAUCCGCUGUGGGGCACCACGGACAUCGAGAGCCAGGGCAGGGCGGAGAACGGCAUCGACCGGGCAAGCCGGGCGGGGCAAAUCGUCCGGGAAUCUGCAUCGGUCACUUCGAGGAGAGCUAUCAGAGCCUCGGCUUCUGAAAGUUGGUCCACGGCCGUAGGAGUCGAAGAGCUGACAUCCACGGUGGGACAGAUCAGCCUGGACGGCAGGUCGACGAGGGUUCGGAAUAACGAUGAUUCGCGGGAGACCACCCCUGAGAGACCCGAACUCUCAACUCCGACUGGCCAAGAGAAGGAUGACUCGCGAGAGACGACUCCUGUGGCACCCGAACCCUCAACUCGGACCGGGCAAAACAAGGAUGACGACGACGACGACGACGACGACGACGACAACGAUGGUGGUGCACGGUUGUGAACCUUGUCUUCGCAAAGGGUUCAUCCUAUCUGAUUCAUUAUUUUCUCUCUCUUUUCUUCUCCAUCUGUUUCUACUUCUCUCUGUCUAGCUUUCUGUGUGUUGCUGCAUCAUCUCAGCGAGAAAAAUCAAACAGAGACUU